UUUAUUUGAAGUGUCAUGGAAUAUAGUUACCAGUGGUUAUAUCAGACCUAUGCCCCGGCUUUAUACGACAGCACUAUUCAGCUGACUUUAGAUGUUAUACCGAUUGAGCAGCCUAGUGCUAGCUCGAUUUGUUCAUCGUUCAUGAUCUGGAUUGGUCGAGGGAAAUUCUGUCAUAGCACCAAUCAAGAAAAGAAGAGCCUCUGCGAACUUCGCAUUGAACGAGUCGGAAAUGCCCCUUUACUGUUUGAGUUGAAUACUACCAAAGAUGAUGUUUGUUUUAGUUAUUUUUUAUUGAUAAAUUCACUGCAACUUCUACUUUCUGCUAAAAUAUCAGAUCUGUUUAUGCGAAAGUUUAUAAAUGCCGGUCUGAUUAUGGAAGAAAAAAUUAAAUUAAUCGUCGCGGGAAAAACCCCUGAAAAUGUAACAGAAUUGCAACUCGAUGGAUGCGAAGGUCCUCCAAAGUUGCAACUUGUGCAGCAAUUUUCUAAUCUAGAAUCUCUCAGUUUAAAUAAUUGUUCUCUUACAAACUUAAAGGGAUUUCCAAAAUUACCAUCAUUGAAAAAAUUGGAAUUGAGUUCAAAUAAUAUAGCAACUACAUUCUUUCUUCUCCAUGGAUGUUACAAUAUAACUCAUUUGAAUUUGAGCAACAAUAAGAUAAAAGAUUUGUAUGUGUUAAAACCUUUAAAUAAACUCAAGAAUUUACAAUCAUUGUUGCUGGUAAACAACGAAAUUACUUCAAUUAAAGAGUAUAGAAAGAAAAUAUUCAAGAUGUUGAAAAGCUUAACUGAUCUUGACGGAGAGGAUAAAACACUUGCAGAUGAAGAACCCAUUGAAAAUGAGGAUCCUCAGGAAACCAAACCUAGGAAAAGGAAGUCUAAAGCACUUGACUCUCCUAAGAAAAAAAUGAAAUUAUCAACUUUCCAAACUAAGAAUGCUUUGAUGCAGCUAAAUGAAUUAAAACCAGGGCUAAAAUAUGUUGUUGAAUCUGUUUCUGGUCCUUCUCAUAUGCCAGAAUUUGUUGUUUCAGUUGAAGUAGAUAUGCAAAAAUAUGUAGGCCGGGGAAAUUCAAAACAGACAGCUAAACAUUCUGCUGCAUUAGCUGCUCUCUCAUCAUUUGUUCAAUUUCGAAACAUGCCAGAAGCAAUGCUAGCAUUAAGUCAGUCACCUGCAACAUCAGAUUUUACUAUGGACAAUGUUGAGAAUGAAGGUUAUAAUUUUAACAAGUUUGAAGUGAAGAAUAAUGGCAAUGGAAGUGAGAUAAUGAUAUCUUCGGGAAAUCAAGCUCUAAAGAAAAAUUUUAAACUUUUAUCUGAAGCUGAUAAGAAAAAUCCUGUUAUGUUAUUAAAUGAGAUACACCCAGGCUUGACAUAUAAACUUAUUGAAGAAAAUGCAGGCCAACCAAGCCAGCGUUUUCGCAUGACAGUUGAAAUUAAUGGGGAAAUCUAUGAAGGCACUGGUCAAAACAAAAAACAAGCUAAAGCAUCUGCGGCUCGCGCAGUACUAUCAAACAUGUAUAAUGUAAGUUAUAACAGUUUAAUCACUGCUUCAGUUCCACCCGAUUCUCCAGAAGCAAAGCUAUUUAAUUUCCCCCAAGCCAUAGCUGAUAAAAUAGCAAAAAUGAUGAAUUCAACAUUUAGCGAUGUAAUGGUUAGCAACCCAGAGUAUGCUAAGUGGAAAGUUAUUGCUGGUAUAGCUCUAACUAAAGAUGAAAAUAUGCAAGAUAUUCAGAUCAUCAGUUUGGGGACUGGUACUAAAUGUAUAAAUGGUGAGCAUAUUAGCAUGGUUGGAGCCAAUUUGAAUGAUUGUCAUGCAGAAAUUAUCUCUCGCAGGUGUUUGAAAGACUUUUUGUACACAAAUCUAGAACUCUAUCUUGAAGGGGAAGGAGACCAAUCAAUAUUCAUGAAGAGAGAUGGUGGUGGAUUUCGUUUGAAGCCCUUUAUUAAAUUUCAUUUGUAUAUCAGCACUGCACCUUGUGGUGAUGCUAGGAUCUUUUGCCCGCACGAAGAAGGAAUGAUCGAAGCUGUCGAUAGGCACCCAAAUCGUAAUUCCAGAGGUGUGUUGCGCACAAAAAUUGAAUCUGGGGAAGGUACUAUACCAAUAAAAUCUGGGCAAGGUGUUCAAACGUGGGAUGGAAUAUUACCGGGACAAGAACGCUUAUUGACUAUGUCUUGUUCUGAUAAAAUCUGUGCUUGGAAUGUUCUUGGAUUACAAGGAGCUUUAUUGAGUCAUUUUGUGGAACCAAUAUAUCUCGAUAGUGUCAUAUUAGGUGGUUUAUUUCAUCCUAACCAUUUAAGCCGUGCACUGUUUGGGCGCAUAGAGCCAGUACUUAAAGAAUUGCCACCUAAUUACAGGUUAAACAAGCCUAGGAUGUGUGCUAUUACCAGUCCGGAACAAAGGCACUUGGUGAAAUCGCCGAAUUUUAGUGUCAACUGGACAACUGGUCUUGGAAGAGCAGAAGUUGUUAAUGCUAUAACAGGCAAAACUGAGAAUGGCCACGUAUCUCGAAUAUCCAAAAGAGCCUUUUUCCAACGUUUCAUGAAUAUACACGAUCGACUGUCGCACGUGAAUCCUUGUCGGCCGCCUCAAAUUGCUGUAUACUCAUCGUUCAAAAGUAUUGUUGACAGUUAUCAAUUAGCAAAAAUUGCUUUGACCAAAGCUUUCUUAGAAGCUGGUUUGGGACAGUGGGUGAAAAAACCUCCUGAACAGAAUGACUUUGAACUCGUAUUUUAGUAAAUUUUGUGUAAUUUUCAUUCUAAGUAAUAUAAAAAUCAGACAAUUUUAAAUAAAAUUUAUUAUAAAACCAGAUCAAUGCAUCCAGCACAGUUAUAAACUCAUUGAUUUUUUUUGUAAAUAGUUAUGUUAUAACUAUGUAUUUAUUCUUUAUUAUCAUUGUUAUGAGUUGAUACAUAUUUGGGAAGCAGUGAAUUAGCUUUUUUUUUUUCUUUUUACAUUUUAUUCUCAUUGAAUGUAAAAAAAAAAUGUAUGUUAAUAUUGGGUACAUUAAAGCUUUAGUGUAUACAUAAUAAAACAUAAAUAAAUUUUA